GGCCGUACCAGGGCAUUUGGGGGCCUCAAGCCCGAAUAAAGGAGAAGGGUCGAGCAUGGGUUUACAGACCCCAUCCCGUAGGAAACUAACUCGCUAUAAACUCUAUAUACUUAAGCUGUAAAACUGUAUUUAUAAUCUUUUAAGAUAAUAAGUAAUGGUAGUUUAUAGAAGGAAUAUAGAAGAUAAUAGUUCAUUUACUAAAUAUGAAAUACUUAAAGAACAAGAGAAUAACUGAUAUAGCACCAGUUAGAAUGGAUGUAAAGAUUAUGGUGAAAGAAAACAAUCAGAUAUGUUCUUUUUUGUACACAGAGAUCAGAUUCGAAUGACUAUAGAUCCACCAGUAAAUAACUGACUCAAGCGUUCUUUAGAAUUUAGUGAUAAUCCUGAACGUGUGAUGUAACAAAUGUUGGCUAUAUUUUCAAAGAUUAGAGUGUUUACUGUCUCGUAUAUUCCCCUUGGAUACCUAUACAGAGUAUUACUAGGAUAAAUGUUUGGAAAGAACACAUUUUGUGAAGGAAAUGAAACCUGCUCCAUAAGAGUACGUGAACUAAUGAAUUCAGAUCGAGGUAGACAAAACACUUUAUCCUCGAUACUUUACAGGUCGAGGUACCUUCUGGAGGAAAGAAUUUGGAGAUCUGUUGAAUAUGUUUUUCUCAGAAAUAUUGGCAGUUCAAAUUUUGACAAAUUAGGCUUUUCUAAACGUUCUGAGAAAUACACCGUUUUUUUGAAGUGUACUGCUAGUUACGGCAUUUUUUUUCAUGUACAUACUUAUGUUCACACUAAGAUAAGUGAUUAUACAGUUUAGUAUACUUACGCCAGUUUGAGUCUUAUCAUUAUUAACAUCCACUUGGAAUACAGAACAGUAUAUAGUGUAUAAACUAGGAUUUAGUUGACACCAUCGCCACCCAACGUCAAUUUAGAACCAGUAUCACACUAAAACCAAAUAAAAUCGGUACAGACCUACAUAGAUGAAUAUACUCGUAUACUCAUUAGGAAGUAUUAUUAACCUGAAUGGAGUCAAAACAACUUCGUUUUAUCUAUCUACUUAAAGGAAUGAAUAACAAGUACUUAUAGUUUUGAUGGAGUUGUGUUCUCUGAGCUGGAUGGUGUGGUUGUGGAAUAUUUUAUUGUUCUUCUGAACGACAUCAUCAACACAAACUUCACAUAGAACUUAUGGUUUUAUGCACAUGAAGUAUUGUAUUUCUUUGUACAAAUAGAACGUCCUAUAAUCAAGACAAAGAUGAAUUAGACAUGUUUUGUUCAUAAAUCUCAAUUCAUUGUUUUUUCGUCUUCCAAACAUAAUGAAGUCAGAUAACGAGAUGGUGGAGAUUUGUAACUCAGGUGGAUGAUUUUGAUGGUAUUUUGUUCUCUGAGCUGGAUAGUUUGGUUGUGCUGAUGAUGUCGUUCAGUAGAACGAUGAAAGCUCGACAACUAAACCAUCCAGCUCAGAGAACAAAAACCACAUCAAAAAGGUCAGAUAAUAUUGAUCGCUUUUUUUAAGGGUCAGACCUAUUGCCUAUUCAUAAUUACAAGGGUUGUUGAAUAAAGGGAAAAACAACAUUAAGAGGAUAUUCAGUCAAUAAACCAAUCAAUAAAUCGAAUAUCAUCAGACUGACUACCCAGUUAAACUAACUAACCAAUCACGUAACAGUAAUGUUUACAUGUGGCAAUAUAAACUAUGCGUCAACACCACCAACACCCACAUUUGCAGACAGUUAAUUUAACCAAUCAAUUUAUAGAAAUUUAUCAGUCCAAGUGAAUCGAUUACCUAGCUAUAUAUAUAUAUAUUUAAAGUCAGGCAUAAGUUAACAUUAAUAUCGCUUAUUCUUUGUUUCGACAUGCGUGAGAUAGUUCAUAUACAGGCUGGUCAAUGUGGUAACCAAAUUGGUGCCAAAUUCUGGGAAGUUAUUUCGGAUGAGCAUGGCAUCGAUCCGACUGGAACAUAUCAUGGUGACUCAGAUCUACAACUUGAGCGAAUCAAUGUUUACUACAAUGAAGCAUCCGGUGGCAAAUAUGUUCCAAGAGCUAUCUUAGUGGACUUAGAACCAGGCACCAUGGAUAGUGUUCGUGCAGGACCUUUCGGUCAACUUUUCCGUCCUGAUAAUUUCGUAUUUGGUCAAAGUGGCGCUGGGAAUAAUUGGGCUAAAGGCCAUUACACAGAAGGAGCAGAACUUGUAGAUUCUGUCUUAGACGUCGUAAGAAAAGAAGCAGAAUCUUGUGAUUGCCUUCAAGGAUUCCAAUUAACCCAUUCGCUCGGUGGUGGUACAGGUUCAGGUAUGGGGACGCUGUUGAUCUCGAAGAUUCGUGAGGAGUACCCUGAUCGGAUUAUGAAUACAUUUUCGGUCGUUCCUUCACCAAAAGUAUCGGAUACUGUUGUUGAGCCGUACAACGCGACGUUGUCUGUACACCAACUGGUUGAAAAUACUGAUGAAACAUAUUGCAUUGAUAAUGAGGCGCUUUAUGACAUCUGCUUCCGAACAUUGAAACUGACAACUCCUACAUACGGUGACUUGAAUCACCUGGUCAGCGCGACAAUGUCUGGGGUCACAACUUGUCUCAGAUUUCCUGGACAGUUAAACGCCGAUCUUCGAAAACUGGCUGUCAAUAUGGUCCCCUUCCCACGCUUGCACUUCUUCAUGCCUGGCUUCGCACCACUUACUAGCCGUGGUAGCCAGCAAUAUCGUUCACUAACUGUUCCUGAGUUAACGCAACAAAUGUUUGAUGCGAAGAACAUGAUGGCUGCUUGUGAUCCGCGCCAUGGGCGUUAUUUGACAGUCGCGGCUAUUUUCCGUGGCCGUAUGUCUAUGAAGGAAGUCGACGAGCAAAUGUUGAAUGUUCAGAACAAGAAUUCCAGUUACUUUGUUGACUGGAUCCCUAACAACGUCAAGACUGCCGUCUGCGAUAUUCCACCCCGUGGACUGAAAAUGUCAGUGACAUUUAUCGGCAAUAGCACUGCCAUCCAGGAGCUGUUUAAGCGUGUUUCUGAACAGUUCACGGCUAUGUUCCGCCGAAAGGCUUUCUUGCAUUGGUACACCGGUGAAGGUAUGGAUGAGAUGGAGUUUACCGAGGCAGAAUCUAAUAUGAACGAUCUGGUAAGCGAGUAUCAACAAUAUCAAGAUGCAACCGCCGAAGAAGAAGGUGAAUUCGAAGAGGAACUUGAAGAUGCAUAAAGCAAUACUCUACUAGUUGUUCUGCUUAUUCCUUUCAAUAAAUCACCAUUUUUCGGCUUAA